AUAUAUAUGUGUGUGUUUAACCAAAUUUCAUUAUCAUGCGACUUCUUUGGGCGUAUUAACUUUAGCAGAAGGACUGGUUCUUUUCAGCCUAUGUUUGUGGGGAAAAGGAAGGAUUGAUACUACAGAAGCCAUUGAACUACGGUGAGAUGCUUAAUGGAAGCUCUCACUUAGACAUAGACGUGGAGCAAAAGUUGGUAGAGGAGGCACUAAAGGACCUUCAAGAUAGAAAUGCCACUGAAAAAGAAGUUACACUAGCUAUGAGAGUUCUAGGUAUUGAGAGGUAAAACGAUUCAUAAAAUCAAUCUAUCUCAUCAACCAAUAUGUCCUAUUCAUUCAAGACAAGUAUAUAUAUAUAUGAUUCUUCAGGGUAAGGCUACAUGGAUGGCCAAACACAUACUCAUUCACAAAAUCAAUGGGAGAGAUGCUUUUGGGACACCUCAAGGAGGAUCUCCAACUCAUAAUUCUACGGCCAACAAUUAUAUUGAGCACCUACAAGGAGCCAUUCCCUGGAUGGAUUGAAGGAAUGAGGUAAUAAUUAUAAACCAUUUGAGCACACAAGGAAAUUAAAGGAGAGUAAUUCUUAUUAGUAAACCAAUAUAAUCUGUUUCUUCCUCCCACAGAACCAUGGACACGUUCAUUGUUGGCUAUGGUAAAGGAAAACAGAAACUUGCAAUGGGUGGCAGAGAAACCAUAACAGAUGUGGUAUGUGAGUCAGUCAUAUGUAUAUAUAGUGUACCUUAUGUCAGCUGGUAUAAAUCAGUUCAUCUACUUACAUUUUGAGUUCGUAAGUAUUUACUAAUUCCUUAAUGCCAUCUUGCAAUUUUGCCUAGAUGAUAUGGUCGUAAACUCAGUCAUUGCGGCUAUGGUAGCCCAUCGAAAUCCAUCUUCCCGUAUAGCUGUUUACCAUACUACCUCGUCUAGGAGGAAUCAAAUUAAAAUUGAUGAUUUUAUACGAAUUGGCGUUGAUUACUUCAAGAAGAAUCCAUGGAUUGACAAAAGAGGAAAGCCAGUCAAAGUGAAGAAAUUUCACUUACUGGAUAGCAUGGAUAGCCUUCACAAAUACAUAGUAAUCCACUACAUGCCAUCAUUAAAGAUAUUAAAGUGGGCAAACUUCAUACUUUGCCAACAUUUGCAAAUCCAUCACACAAACUUACAAAGAAGGAUCAAUCAUACCAUUCGACUAGCUGAACUCUACAAGCCUUACGCGUUCUUCAAAGGAAUUUUCGAUGAUACGAAUGCUGAAAUGUUGCGAAUGGCAACAAGAGAAAGUAAUGCAGAUGAUACAUUCAAUUUUGAUCCGACAACCAUUCAGUGGGAUAAAUACUUGAAGGAAACUCACACACCCGGAUUAGUAAAGUACAUUUUCUAAGAAAGCAGAAUUAUUUGAAUAUAGGAAGUUUUCUACCUCCAAAUAAAAGCUUGUGU